AUGGAACAUCAGAAAGAGAGAGAUGUCAGUGGCAAAGAAAAAAGCGACGGGAGUCGCGAAAGCAUCGCAGAAGGCAUCACCAACCAUUAUGCCAACCUAGACGAUGCUAUCCUUCGAGCCAACGGCCACGAGGCAGCAAUGAGACGGCAGUUUAACUGGCUCUCGGCACUUGGUCUCGGUUUCUCUAUCACCAAUUCGUGGAUAGGCUAUCUUAGCUGUUUCGGUCAAAAUCUCAUCUAUGGUGGACCCCAGUCUGCAAUAUUUGGACUGAUUGUGGCCUUUGUCGCACAGUUCACCGUCACGCUCGGCCUGAGCGAAAUAGCUUCCGCGUUCCCGUCCAGCGGUGGCCAGUACCACUUUUGUUAUAUACUCGCUCCCGAGAAAUCAAAAAAGUUCACUGCGUUUGUGAUUGGCUGGCUAUCAGUCAUCGCAUGGUGGAUUGUCACAUGCUCCGGCCUAUCGUUGUUCGCCAUAACUCUGUCCGGUGUCAUCAACUUCUGGAUUCCGGACUUUAUAGCCUCUCAGUGGCAAGUAUAUCUUAUUUACGUCGCAACUGGCCUAUCUACAGUGACCCCAGUGAUAUUUGCAUCGAAGCACCUAGCAUGGGUGGUCCAGUUCUCUAUGUGGGCGUCGAUUUUCGGAUUUCUCUUGUUUCUCUUUGUAUUAACAGGCAUGCAUUCCAAUGUCAACGACAGCUCCUUUCUCACCGAUAGCGGCUUUGGAACGAGCGGGUGGAACCCGAGCACAGCAUGGCUUCUUGGAAUAGCGAAUGCCAUGUAUGCCUUCGGGGCGACUGAUGGUGCCAUCCAUAUUAGUGAGGAAAUGGAGCAGCCCGGACGGCGGGUGCCUCAGGUUAUGAUCAUGACUAUGAUCAUUGGCAUGGUUACUAGUUUACCACUAAUGGUAGCUCUGUUACUUUUCGUCAAAGACUUAGAUGCCGUCAUCGCAUCUCCUUUACCCAGUAUGGAGCUAGUGUAUCAAGCAACCGGCAGCAAGAGUGUCACAAUGUUUCUGAUCGCGGUACUAUUACUCACUUACUAUACUUGCCUCCCAUCUCAGUGGGUCACUGACGGUAGACUUGCUUGGGCGUUUGCCCGAGAUAACGGCGUACCCUAUUCCGAAUAUUUCACCCAUAUCAACCCAAAAAUGGAGCUCCCGCUGCGUACCACCAUCGCUGCUUUCAUUUUUUCCACCCUCUAUGGACUGCUUUAUUUGGCAUCCACGACCGCCUUCAACUCGAUCAUUACAUCCGCCGUCUUAUUCCUAAACAUUACAUACGCAGUUCCUCAGGGUAUCCUCCUAUUUCAGGGCAGAGAAAAGUCUUUGCCAACCCGAUAUCUACGACUUGGUUAUCUUGGCUAUUUUUGCAACAUCUUUUCGAUACUGUUCAUUGUUCUGUUGGGCGUUCUAGUAUGCAUGCCGCCGUCGAUCCCGGUCACUAUCCAAUCCAUGAACUACACAAGUGUUAUUAUGGUUGGCUUGUUUUUGAUCGUCAUCAUCUUAUGGUUUGUUACUGGGAAAAAGAGCUUUAACGGCCCGAAGAUAGACUGGGAACUACUGGAGGCCUCCAAUACCGCUCUGACAGAAGGACGAACCACGGUGUGA